AUGCCCGCUUCCCAAAAACAACAACUUUCACAGUCCGAGGAUGAUUCCGGCAGGCAUCUGCGAUCUGCAUCACCAGCUGUAAAGAGACCGGCGUCCGAUAUGGGAGCUCAAGACCGAGAGACCUACCCGAGCGACGUAGAGAUGGGGGAGGCUGAGUCGACGGGGACGACGCCAUUUGGCCAGGAUUCGGCGCAGAAUUUGAACACCAAGGCGAAACAGCCAGACCUGGGACUAAGACACCGCGACAAGUCUUUGACGAACAGUCUGACUCACGCAAGCAACCCCAGAGCAAGUCAACAAGCUGCGUCCGAUAAAAGUGGCAGUUCCAACUUCGACUCUCUCAUCCCCAGCCCGUCAAACCAGUCAACUGCAGCUACCUCUCUGAACACCGAUGCUUCUGUUUCCGAGGCUUUAAUCCCUCCAAUUGACGAACAAAUCGCCAAAGUUACCCAGUUGAUUGACAAAGAGCUUUAUGACGGUCAGAAAGGCUACGUCUUAUCUAAAAAAUGGUACCAGAGAGUCCAAGCCCGCAGCUCACAUGCUGGCGAGGCCGGAAAGAUCGACAAGUCUGCCACUGAAGGUGAAGUUGGGCCUGUGGACUGCUCCGACCUUGCAAUGGUCAUUGAAGAAUCCGGCCGACUUUUGGACCAAGGAGGAGAACCGUAUGUUCCUCUCCGGCCAGGCCUAACUCUCAGCGACGACUUUGUGAUCCUUCCACAAGAAGCUUGGGACAUGGUCAUUUCCUGGUAUGGGCUCGCAAAAGACUCGCCUGUCAUAGCACGCUAUGCCAUUGACGAGAGCGUACCACCUAGUGCUCCGCACAUUGUCUGGGAACUGAACCCGCCGAUCUUCUCGUUCUUGAAGGUCCCAGCUGAACACACCGCACAGACUCAGCGUGAGAAGGAUCUACCACCCCCACGGUUGUUGGCUUCCAAGAAAAUGCCCUUCAUGCAAUGGUUGAAGGCUGGAAAGCAGCUACUACGCAUCAACAUAAACACGAAAGUUCGGGUAUGGAGGAUCCUCGGUGGUCUUAAAAGCUCCACGGCCUCCGGGAUCCUUACCCCCGCAGCUUCGAGAAGUGCUUCUCCCGCACCUGGCGCCGAGAUAGUGGCCAGCGCAGGCGACAAGAUGCUUCUCGACGUCAACUCAUUUGCUGCGUUGAUAGUGGGCGAGCAACGCGAACAAGUGCAGCAGCAAGACUUGACCGCAGAUCCCAAGUACAAUGGGUCGUCUACCUUGGGCUUCCUUGGAUUCGGAAGGGAUGAUGUGAUCGUGUUGGAGGAGCAAAAAUCCGGCAAAGAAGAUUGGCCAAGUGACAGUGUGCGAUUGAGUCUGAGCAAAGGUCUCAAAAAGACUGCAAGCGCCCUGACCCCCAGUGGCAGGUCGAGUCCUGCACCGAGCAUGAUGACUAGGGGUCGACAGAAGAGGGACGGAAGGCCACGCGGGAUCACGGGAUUGAGCAAUCUGGGCAACACCUGUUACAUGAACUCGGCUCUACAAUGUAUACGCAGUGUUGAAGAAUUGACCCAGUAUUUCUUACAUGAUCAAUGGAAGAGGGACCUUAAUGUGGAUAACCCCUUGGGUCAUCACGGAGAGGUUGCCAGGGCAUAUGCCAACCUUUUGCAUCAGAUCUAUGACGAGAAUGCAAGCUCAACGAAUCCAAGCAGGUUCAAGAGUAUCAUUGGGAAGUACGGUCCAAGCUUUUCCGGUUACCAACAGCAAGACUCUCAGGAGUUCCUUCUUUUCCUUCUGGACGGCCUGCAAGAAGAUCUCAACCGCAUCCACAAGAAACCUUACAUUGAGAAACCUGAUUCCACAGAUGAGAUGGUGCACGACUUUGCAGCGCUGAAAGAGUUCGCGGACAAGAAUUGGGAGAUCUACAAGGCGAGAAACGACUCGGUAAUCACGGAUCUCUUCGCGGGAAUGUACAAGUCAACCCUCACAUGCCCAGUAUGCCAGAAGGUUAGCAUCAUCUUCGACCCCUUUAACAACCUCACCCUCCAGCUACCGAUCGAGAACAAUUGGCAGAAAGAGAUUUUGUUCUUUCCAUAUGGUAAUCGCCCUAUCCGGAUUGAUGUAGAGAUCGACAAGCAUGCCAGUAUCAAAGGGCUGAAGGAAUUCAUUGGUUCAAGGACCAAAGCUGACGUGAAUCGCCUGCUCAUCGCUGAAUCAUACAAGAACAAAAUCUACAAGAUUUUCAACAACAACACCGUCAUCUCAGAAGCCAAUAUUCAGAAUGGAGACACCAUUUGUUGUUAUGAGUUGGAGAGCGUUCCGACCAAUUAUAACCCGAACAAAGCCAAGAAAUUCUCGCUUUAUUCACUAAACUCUCGGGAAUCAGAUGAUGACUUGGUCGGUGAGACUAGCCCGGCAGCCGACCGUUUACUCGUACCAGUGUACAACAGACUCGUCAAGAACUCAGGGUCGAGAAUUGGCUCCAAGCCCUUCUUCGGCCAGCCCACGUAUGUGGUGCUCAGUCGCGAAGACAGGUCAACGUAUGACGGCGUAUUGAAGAAAAUCCUCGACAAUGUGAGCAGCAUGACUACAAGGGGUCUCUAUGAAGAUGACAAAAUCGAGUCGGAACAAAACGAUACCACUCCAGAGGGCUCCGACACAGUGAUGAUGGCUGAUGACGUGUCAAGUUCUGGUUCUAACCUUCCGAUCGAUUCGUCUGUCCAAGGGGAAGAUGGUCUUGUAGAUGUUUCGAUGCGCGAUGUCAGUCAAGGUCCGGAACCAAAUGUCGACUCACCAGGGGGGAGCAGCACCCAGAGUUUGCAAGAAAAAUCGUCAAUUUCUCGAGGACUGCGACAGCUCUUCUCUAUUCAUGUCGCCGCUACAGGCGAAGGCAUACCGACCGGCUGGAAUAACAUUUCGGAGACACAAGAGUAUGAGGCGAUCGAAUCACGAAUCCCCAAUGUGGGAUCUAGAAGUCUCAAGUCCCGGCGGUUUUCUAGUCAUACCAAUGGCGACAGCGAGUCUAUCACCAGCGACGACGAUCUUGCCGACAUUGAACAUGAAGAAAAUGCAGAUGACAGUAACGGCUCUGAUUCUGGAUCGAACCCUGAUCGUGUGCUACAAAUGGCUGUGGAGGUGGAUUCGGACACUGAUUUGCCUUCCCCUCGUGACUUCGUAAAGGGCAGAAAUCCAAAAUCGAGAAAGGCUCAGAGGCAGCAAAAACGCAACAAGGCUUUGGGCAAGCGCGUUCCUCGUCGAACACCACCCCCUCCUCCCCAGCCUGUGCCGAAAUCUCAAGGCCAGGGAUUGGUUCGACCAGGUGAGGCUAUUGUUUUAGACUGGAGCCAAGAGGCAUACGACGCAUUAUUUAAUGGUUCUGAGGACGAUGAGGAAGAUCUGCGCGGGGUGGCAACCUGGAAGAACCCUGAGUUGCUUCAUGACGCCGACUUGGUCGCUCGCCGUGCACAGCGAUCAAGCCGAAGAAAACACGGAAUCACAUUGGAGGACUGCUUGAACGAGUAUGGAAAAUCCGAAACCCUGUCUGAGCAGAACGCAUGGUAUUGUCCUCGGUGUAAGGAGCACCGACGAGCUGAAAAAAUGUUCGAGUUGUGGAAGGCGCCCGACAUCCUCGUUAUGCACCUCAAACGGUUCAGUUCCAACAGGAACUUCCGUGACAAGUUAGAAGUUAAAGUCGACUAUCCGAUUGAAGGCUUGGACUUGUCCAGCAUGGUAAGGGAUCAGCAAGACGGCAAAAGCUUGCUUUAUGAUCUAAUCGCGGUGGACAAUCAUUACGGCGGGCUUGGUGGUGGUCAUUACACGGCAUAUGCGAAGAACUUCUUCAAUAAUGGUUGGUACGAAUACAACGAUUCGCAUGUGUCGUCCAAGACCGACCCAAGAGCUGUUAUCACCGGUGCCGCCUAUCUCUUGUUUUACCGUCGGCGAUCCGAUCACCCUUUAGGCGGGGAGCAACUAGAGGAACUACUGGACUCUCAGAACGAUGCAGAAGCCGACUCUGAAAUGCCUGAAACCUCGAGGGACUCUUCGCCCGUUUCGGGGGAAGGUCGGCGUCUCGGCGACUCCUCCCACUCUGGGUUGUCGAGCGCUUUCGCAGUAGGUCGAACUCACCACGUGGGAGUGGGUGGCUCGGCCAUGGACGAGGACAAUCAGGAUCAAGAUCUACUAGCCGUCAGCGCAAGUCAGUCGAGACUGAUCGGGCCAGUACUGCCGGGGGAUGAGCUGCCAGGCUAUCCCGAGGACGAAGGCGUCUCAAUGGAGUAUCCUUUUUCCCAGCCAUCUUGGAGCUUCGACCGCAUUGGCCAGACUCAGGCACCGGCGCCGUCGGAGGACGGCAUGUUUGGUGAUAAGGGAAGCUCGAAUGACAGUACUCGGGUCGAAGGCGAUACCGGGAGCCCUGCACCCAGUCUCCCAGCGUUGGAUGAAGAGGGCAUUUUCAGUGAUCCCAUCCAUGGAGAAGAUUUCUCAACCCGCACCACGAGGGAGAGCGCCCCACCUCCCGAGGUUCCGGGAGUCAUGGACGACGAUGAGGAUGAUCUUCCUGUUCAGGAGCUUCGAGCCAACCCGGACAAUGACGAAUUGAGCUUUCACCCGGCGAAGAGGUAG